AUGAAGCGACCCAUGCCGUCCAUAGGCAUCUUGAGCCUCAUAGUUAUCUGUUUCUUUGCACUUGCCUCUUCACAACGCGACCCGAAAGUGAACAACCCGUCUAUUGUUGUGACUAGGAAGAGUCCUCGAGACUGUGACUGCUUUACUGUAUCCGGAGCAGACCCAGGAUACUUCCAACACUACAAGCUCUGGGACUUCCGCUCCGUUCCCCUCAAGCAAGCUGGUUCAAACCCAUCAGAAUUUGACAAACGCAAUGACACGAAAAGGAAAGACUGGGAAGAUUUACUUGAUGAGUACGAAGAUGGUAACGACGAGGAUGAUGACGAGGACGAUGAGGACAAUGGUGGAGAGAAAGAUGAUUUCCACAAUGACUCCCUCUACUUUUUCAAAACCGCAUUUGACAAGGAUUGGAUCAGCCAGAGAUGGCACCGCCCCCGAACCCCCGAAGCACCGGUGGCCAUGAUCAAUUCCAAACAAAACGUUUUCUUCACUCGAGACGAUGAAGACAACGACCCGGAAGCAACGUACCUCGUCUUGCGUGCCAUCCGCAAUAUUGACUUCACAUCUACCGCCGAGAUUGAGACUCGCGUGAAGAACAUUUUCCACUGUUCUCUGCGCCUUCGUAUGCGUGUUUUGCCAGCCAGUAUGCAUGUAUCGCAACCUCCCUGGAGCACACAGUGGCCAUUGACGGAUCCAAACCAACCUCUUGUCUCAGCCCUCAACACCGGGUCCAGCAUGCGCAACACAACAUCUUCUGCACCCCAGGAUACCAGAAAACCUCCCUCCGGUGCUUGCAUCGGUAUCUUCACUUACCACGCGAAGAACUGUGAGUCUGAUAUCGAGAUCCUGACAAGCGAUCCCACCUAUCGAGUCCGAUACGCUAAUCAGCCAGACUACGACCCUCUCACAGAUCGCAUGAUUCCAGGCGCAGCAACAGUUGCUAACAUUUCAGUGCCUUGGACAACCUGGUCAACUCAUCGCCUUGACUGGCACGCUGAUCGGUCUCGCUGGUACGUGAACGGUGAACUCGAAGAUGUCAAGUCUUAUCGUGUACCCAAUCUGCAAAGCAGGCUUGUGAUCAAUCUCUGGAGCGACGGCGGUUUUUGGACAGGCGACAUGAGAGUUGGGGAUAAGGUCUUUCUCGGUAUUGAGUACAUCGAAUUGGCGUAUAACCGGUCUUCGGAUGGAAAUGGCUUGUCUAAGAUUCCUCCGGAGAAUAAUCAUGGUGGGCAUCAACGGCCUUUUGUCAAUAACUCUGCAGUUGCGGACGAAGAAUCACUGGAAGAGCUCUUUGAGCCUGAGACGGAGGUUUUGACUGGGGCCACUGAGAAAAAGAAGAAGUGCAAGAAGGGAAAGAAGGGCGACAAGUGUCGGGAGAAGAAAAAGAAAAAGCAAAAGCAUGCAGAGCCUGGGAAGGGAGGCAAACCCACUGAGCCAAGAUGCCGGCGUGUUUGCAAUAUUGAUGAGCUGCGCUUCACCUCGAACUAA